UGGCGACCGUGACAAAUAAUUAUGUCUACGAAGAGGUGGAACUUGGUGGCUCUUGGAUGCCUACACCUUUUGCUGAUCAUUCCUAAUGGAUCACCUGCUAUACGAUCCACCCGUUCUCCAGUACAGUUCAAUCCCGACAAGAGAAGAGUCCAAGAUAUACGACCUUUGCACUACAACCUCAGCCUAGAAACUAUCGUGGAUCUGGAAAACCCAAAGGGAAUACUCAAAGGUGUAGUCACAAUCCAGUUGCGAAUAUGGAUCGAAACACGGACGAUUGUUUUGGGCGUCAAUGGGUUGAAAGUUGGUCCAAAGAUAUGGUUGAUCCGCAGGAAUACCGGUGGAAGGGUGACAGUAAAGACCCUUUUUAAGGAACCCAAUCAGCAUCAGUUCACCAUCGAAUUCAAUAGCCUUUUAUGGCUGGGCGAGGAAUACGAUCUGAUACUGGAGUUUAGUGGUCAGAUGUCUCGAACAAAUCGUGGCUACUUUACACAGCACUACAUGGACGAGAACAAUAAAGAGCAAUGGGUGGCGGUGACCCAGUUGGCGCCCAAUAUGGCCAGCAGUGUCUUUCCCUGUUUUGAUGCCAGUUACCGGACACCGAUCUCCCUUCACUUGGCCCAUUAUCGGAAGAUGCAAGUCGUCAGCAAUAUGCCUAUUCUAAGAACCACUGAGCACGAGGAUUUAUAUUAUGUGUGGACUACCUUUAACGAAACACCCAGCAUGACUGUACAGCAGUUAUCCUUUUCCAUUAACCAGUUUAAGAUACAGGACUCUCCCGAGUCUCGACCCUCGAUAAAGACCUGGUUGCGUCCAGAAAAAGUUGAUCAGGCGGCUUAUGCCAUUGGCCUCUCUCCCAAGUUGAUAGACUAUUUCGUGGAUCUGUUUAAGAUGCCAUAUCCUGUGACCAAGCUGGACCAAAUGGUCCUUCCAGACAUUGGCUUGCAUUCUCAAGACUACGCUGGAUUUGUGUCUCACCCGGAGAGCUUAUUUUUGUUCAGUGAGAAGCACGCCACGGCCCCAUCCAAGGAAGAGGUGGCCACCCAUUUGGCCAAGGAGUUCGCCCAUCAUUGGUUUGGCAAUCUAGUCCAUGCCGGAGUCUUUUGGUUGGCCGAAGGUCUUGCUGGUUACUUGGCCGGAUUCGCUGUGGAUCAAAUAGAGCCCACAUGGCGCCAUCAUGAGACGCACCUGGCGACCGUGACUUUUAUAGUCCUUAACGAGGACUCACGGGCCAGUGCCCAGCCAGUUAGAUUCGCCCACGGGGUAGGACCAAUGGCUUCAGAGCUGCUAGCCUAUCAGAAGUGUUCAGUUCUCUUCAGGAUGUUGCACUCUCUGGUGGGCACCGAGGUCUUUGUUAACUCAGUGCGGCGUUAUAUGAAGAGCUCACUCAAGGAGAGCUCCAAUCAGACACUCUUGUGGAUAUAUUUUCAAGGCGAAUCCGAUCGCGUUUUGAGUCUGCGUCAGGACAUUCGUGUGAGUCCGCUAAUGGAGUCCUGGACCCUGCAACCGGGCUAUCCCCUCCUCCAUGUUGAAAGGAACUAUAAGAAGCGGGAAGUGAGCAUAUAUCAGCAGAGAUUUCUGCGCAAUCCGAAGGGUAGUGCCACAGGCCGGAAGCCCAUCAACCGACAACAUUGCUGGUAUAUCCCACUGACCUUCACCACCGCCAGCAAGAAGAGUUGGGCCCACACCCUGCCCAGUGAUUGGUUAACCUGCAGCCAUGUGAGUGCCGGGGAUGCACUGAAGCUGGUCGAGGUGGCGCAACCAGAUGAGUGGGUCAUCUUCAAUCUCCGACUGAGCGCUCCCUGUCGCAUCAACUACGAUGAUCGGAACUGGCAGCUCCUGAGCGAGGCUCUGACGGGCGAGAAUCCCACCCAGAUAGAUAGACUUAGUCGGGCACAGUUACUGGACGAUGUCCUUAAUCUGGCCGCUGCUGGUGUCGUUGGCUAUGACCUGGCCUUUUCCUUUCUACGUUUUCUGAAGGAGGAGAAUGAGUUCAUUGUUUGGCAAGCGGCGUCCGGAAAUCUGGAGUGGCUGUUCCGACAAUUGCAGAAAACUCCGAUAUUCAUUGUCUUUAAGAAUUUUAUGCGUGGUAUCCUGGAGGCAAAGUUCAAUGAGUUCUUCCAGUCAGAGGAAUCAGUAGAGCCCUCAGGUGGCUCUGAUAAUAGUGAGAAAUAUCACAUGAAGACCAUUGUUCUCCAUCUGGCUUGUGAAACGAAUAUGGCGCCCUGCGAGAAACUGGCUAUUAAGCUCUUUAGUCAAAUGAAUGUGACACAAAAUACCAUUCCGGUGGAUCAACGUGAAACCAUCUACUGUACAGCCAUUCGACUGGGUACCGAGGCGGACUGGACGGAGCUCCGGAAGUUGUACAAGACCUCGAAGGUAUCCGGAGAGCGUAGCAUGAUCCUGAAGGCAUUAUGCUGUAGUCGUGAUACCUGGGCACUGGAGAAAAUGAUCAGAUGGGCCUUUACCGGAUCCAAUAUGAACAAGGAGGAUGUCCUGAAGAUCUUUACUGCCGUGGUCCAAAAUCCUGUGGGCUAUCAACUGGCCAAGAACUAUCUGAUUGAAAACAUAUACAGUAUCAAGACAUUUUAUUCCUUCUAUACGGAUCAAAUAGCAGCUCUUCUCUCUGCCCUCAUGGAGACGAUAACCAAACAGUCUGAGCUGGACUCGAUGGAGAAGUUCAUGAGUAAGGAUUUGAAGGACUUGCUGGGAAUCGAACAUACAUCCAGACGUCUCCUGGAACUUGGAAAUGACAACAUAGCCUGGCACAAGAACAACCUCAUUAAAGUGAUGAAUUCUGUUUGUAAUUUAACCGGAUCCAUAGAUCCCCACUGUAUUUGAAUUUGGCGCCAAAGUAUAACCUUUUAUUCAUAUUCACAAAAAGUAUAGUGUUUAA